GUUGAGGGGGAGGUGAGGCUGGGCGGAGGAAGGAGCCACACGUCAUCAUUUUUUUUUUGCUGUUUGCAGAGAAAGAGCAGAAAAUGUGUCUCUCUUUGGUCACCCCGGCUGCUUUUUUUUUUUAAAGAAAAACAAUGAAACACAAAUAAUAAAUCUCUGACCAAAUUGUCAGCGUUUGAAAGGCAUUGUGGGUAACGCAGCUGGCAGGUUUCUAAAGGAACGAGGAGGUGUGGAAUUUAAAAUAAAUACCUCUGGUACCUCAAAGUCUGUGCUGAACAAAACUCUCGACCCCUCUGAGUCACCUUGACCUCGUUUUAAAUGCCUAAAGAUAAACAAACCUUUAUGUGCCAACUGUACGGGUCCCAAUUCUGCAGAGUUUUACACCAAACCGAACACCUCCGCAGAUGACGUUUCCCCCCCCACCCCCACCCCCCACCCUCUUGAAGGAUUGCUCAUCAGUGGGAGAAGUCUGUUUGUUGGCAUGAACACCUGCAGCUCGGAGACUCUCCUUCUCUGCAUGCGCGUUACUGUGAAGGAACCCGGGGGCGGCAGUGGGCCCCCCGACGGUACACCCACGGAACACCUCGCCCCCGCGGCGCCGACCCAGUUGACUUAGCCGCGUCUCCCUCUGAUUCACGACCAGGCCGAAGGAUUAACAGGGACGACGAGCCUUCAAAAGUCUUAAUCGCUGUUUAAGCUUAUUGAAUUAUACUCAGGCUAAACGUUGUUAAUUCCCCCCCCCCCCCCUCCCGCUGAGUAUUCAAUGCAUUAUAGAUGAGAAAUAACCCAAAUAUUGUUCUGGAUGAGGAGCCCAAGUGACAUUUAAACUGAACUCCAUUGUGUAGCUCUCCUCUGUUGGAUGUUUCCCCCUCUGCAGGCUGGCUGCAGCACCAUGUCCUCGGCGCUGAGUGAGGACGUAUCGGGCUACCGUCUGAGUGUGGUGCGUAACCCACCCGGCUGGGAGGUGGGCAUCUACCUGGUGGGCUUCUUCGUGCUGCUGUGCGUCGCCGGGAUCAACAUCUGGAAGUUGUGGAAAUCCGGGACAUUCCCCGCGCCGUCCCCCUUCCCCAACUUUGACUAUCGGUAUCUGCAAGAAAAAUAUGGAACCUCGUUCUCAGAAGUCAGACAAAAGCGGGUGGCCGCCAACAACCACCGGCGGACCUCCACCACCUCCAGCCGCAAGCCCAGCCUGGCCCUGGGCGACACCCCGGACUGCCUGCGCGACCUGGGCCACCUGGAGCUGAUGAGCCGGGAGCUGGACCCGACCGGCGCGGCCCAGCUCAACCGCUCCGUCUCCACCGACUCGCUCAGCUCCAUCUCCUCCAUCGCCAACAACUUCGGCCACGACUUCACGGUGGGCCAGCUGGAGGUGACGCUGGAGUUCGAGCCGCCCAGGCAUCCGGGCCAGGGCCAGGGCCCGGGGCUGCUCCACAUCGCCCUGCACCAGGGCAAAGACCUGCUGGAGAGGGAGGAGGGAGACUUCCCCGGCUGCUUCGUGCGAGUCUCCCUGGGGCCCGACGAGAUCAGCGUGGGAGUCACCAGGAUCCAGACCAACGCUUACACCGUGCUUUUUGACGAGCACUUCUCCAUCCCCAUGGACGCGGCCCUGCUGGAGGAGUACAGCCUGCGCUGCGCAGCUUUCGGCAUCGACGCCGACGAGAGAAACAUCAGCGCUGGGGUCGCAGACCUCAAGCUGUCAGACCUGGACCUGACGAUCCGCCCGUUCAACGCCUGGCUCUACCUCCAGGACGUCAACAAGGCUGUGGAUGCGGUCGGGGAGAUCCUGCUGUCGCUCAGCUAUCUGCCGACAGCGGAGCGCCUCACGGUUGUUGUGGCCAAGUGCAAGAACCUGGUGUGGACCAACAGCAAGAACACUGCAGAUCCUUUCGUCAAAGUGUAUCUACUGCAAGACGGCCGGAAGAUCAGCAAGAAGAAGACUUCCACCAAGCGGGACGACACCAACCCCAUCUUCAACGAAGCCAUGAUCUUCUCCGUGCCGUCCCUCGUCCUGCAGGAACUCUCGCUGCGGGUGACGGUGGCGGAGGCCACGGACGACGGCCGGGGCGAGAACCUGGGUCACGUGAUCAUCGGCCCCGAGGCCAGCGGCAUGGGGAUCACCCACUGGAACCAGAUGCUGGCCACUCUGAGGAAGCCCGUGUCCAUGUGGCACCCCAUACGCAGGAUCUAGCGCCCUCCCCCCCACCCCCC